UCGGUGGACGAAUCGUGGAGACGGCGCAUUUUCUGUAAUUGGUGAUUGGAGAUCUCCAAAUAAUACUCUGAUUAUUGGUUACUGUGUUUUACUAAAGUUUGGCCGCGGUUACUAAUUUCGAUCUACCAAAAUAUUAUUUUGUUUUGAAAGUGAAUACAAUUUAGUGCUAAUUACACGUUGUCCUUGCGUGUACAUAAAAUUCAAGAUGUCGGUAUGCUUCUUCGUGCCUGCCGAUCAGGCUGGUACCUCCAGCGAGGAGAUGAAAGCUGACGGACCCGAGGUGGAAGUCCGUGCAGAAACACCGGUGCAGACCCUACAGCAGUUCUGGAGUAAUGUCAUGGCGGAUAUACAGAAAACAACAGCAGAGGACUUCAAGACCCAAGCACUGCCUCUGGCCCGGAUAAAGAAAAUAAUGAAAUUAGAUGAAGACGUCAAGAUGAUAUCAGCUGAAGCACCCGUGCUGUUUGCGAAAGCUGCUGAAAUUUUUAUACAUGAGCUGACAUUGAGGGCAUGGUCACAUACAGAAGAUAACAAAAGAAGGACGCUACAGAGAAACGAUAUAGCGAUGGCAAUAACGAAGUCCGACCAAUUCGACUUCCUCAUCGACAUAGUGCCCCGGCACGAGGUGAAGCCCGGCAAGCCGCGGGACGAACCGCCGCGCGCCAACCCCGUACAAGAGCAGAUUUCACAGCAACACCAAACGACUGUGAACGCUGGCCAACAGCAAAUCGUCUUGCAACCGUGCGCGCAAAUCGUUCAGACGAGCAACGCGGCUUCAUCUUCAAACAAUGUCGGUCAGAGUCCCGUCACGUUGGUGCAACAAGUGCUGACACCUUCGGGGGAAUUGCAACAGUUACCUAUCCAGUUAACGCAAGCCCAGCUGAACAUGAUCCGGCUACAGAUGCAGAACAACCCGUCGCAGCCGAUCAUCAUACAGGCGCAAGCGCAGCAGUCGCCGCAGAUCAUACAGGUGUCGUCGCAAGCGCAGCACCAGCCGCAGCAGCAAGUGUUCUUGGCACAGGUCGCCACCAGCCAAGAGGAUUCAUAGCCAUUUUGUACGUCACGAAGUUGUUAACUCUGUUAUGGAGAAACUGAUAACCAUUUGAUUGAUUUGCGAUAGGCGCGGUUAAUCCAUGUUGAUUACCCUUGAUUGAGUGAGGCGCGAUUGGUCUAAUCUUACCUUAGGUCUGGUAUUUGUUUGCUGGUUUAGUUUACUCCGUAAGGAAUAAAGACGUGAUGCAAGUACAUAUGUUAGAUGAACCGCGAAUUAGACGAAUCGCUCUUAUAUCAAAAAGAUUUAAAUCAGUCAGUCUCAGAAACAUGUGUCAAUCUCUUUGAAGAGACACAAAUCGAGUAAAUCGAUAAAAAUAUUCAAUCAUUAUGUUAAAAAUUAGUUAAAUAUAUUUGCUAGGUACAUUUCUUAUUUUAUACUGUAGGCUCAAAAGUUGUUUUUAAAUGUACCAAAGCUACAUAAAAUGUGUAAGCAGACAUCUGAUUUAUUAAUAGUACUGACGUAUACCAUAUGGUACAUAGGUAGCAAUAUUUUUUUCAUUCUUCGAGUGUUAGUCCCCGUAGCAUCAACUCUUUAGAGACGUCCGGGGCGCAUCUUUUGGCUUAGGAACCCGCCUAAAUUGACUGUAUUAAAUAUACUAAAAUUUCAAAAAGUAACUUUUGUUUAGUUCGUGUUUUGAUAAUUAUUUUGCCAAGAUAAAAAUUGAGUUUCGACAAUGGACGGUAAUCAAGAAAAUGUUAUUAAAUUUUUACCCUGUUAUGUAAG